AUGAAUUAGAAAGGCUAGCAAUCAGUGCAAAGUAAUGAAAUAAAUGAGCAAUUGCAAACACAGCAUCGUACUUAAGACAAGGAAGAAAUAGAAAGCACCCAGUAAAACGAAUAAACGCUAAAUGAAUAAUUCCACUAGUUAUAGGCUUAGAAAACACAAAAGGUCUAAAAUAAUAACUAAGAAUUUUAAAGAUAAUUCAUAAACCAAUAAUAAUAACAGACUUUUUAAGAAUCUAUGCCAUAAGUCCAUUAGCAGUACAAAAAUAUAAAUGAAAACUAAAAUUAUAAAUAGGGAGGAGGAGUCCUCCCUAUGGGAUCCUAAGUCUAAUUUAUUGGUGAUCAGGAAAAAUAAAUAAGUGUUUCGUUAAUAUCUACAGGAUAAAUUUAGGAGGAUCAUAAUAGAUUUUCAUUAAGUACUAAAUCAGUGGCUGAUGCUAACUACCAAAGCACACAUAAUACGAGCUAAAUGAACACUCUUCCUAUCAUUUAAUCUUUGAAAAAUAUCCCUAGUUUAACAGAAAAAAUGGAUAACGUUUCACAAUAAUUAGAUGUGUAAAAUAAAAUUUAAUCUAAAAUUUUAUCAGACCAAACAAUGGGCUAAUCAUCGAACAAUUUAAAUUAAAUAUUUACGUAGAAUAAUAUAAAUAAUAGCAACAAUAUUAAUAAUGUGGCAAAUAACAUUCGCUUUAAUAGUAAUUCGUUAAUUGGGACAGCUAAUCCACCAAUAAGUGUAAAUAACAGCAAUAUCCCAGCCUAGUCUAUAAAUUACAAUUUACCUCUAAACCCGCCUGUUUAAUUUCAAAGCAAUUAAUAAGCUGGGCUGAACCCAGUUGCGCUACAAUAAACUCCAAUUUAUCCAUAAAUUAGUUACUUAGGCUAGUAAUAAAUUCCUUCUAUAAUUAGCUCUUAAUAUCCUUAAAUAUCUGCCAACAUGCAGUUCGUAUACCCACAUUUAAUACAAUCAUAAGGAUCAUUUUUAUUAAGUUAGCCUAACUACAAUUUUGUAUAAAUUCCUAAUUAAAAUUAAGUUAUUUAGUAAUAACCCUCACAAUAACAUCUUUCUCAACAGCAGCAACAGCUUUAAUAAGGAAUCGUUCAAAAUUAGAAUUAAAAUGUAAUGCACACAGAAAGCGCUAUUAAAUAAUCCUUUAAUUAGCAAAUAGCUAGCAAUCUGAAAGCCAACUCAUAACAGCAUUACAUGCAAUAGGUAACAUAACAGUAAUAGCUAUAACACUAAUAAUAUAAUAAUUUAAAUCCUUCUUUCUCCAACAAAAUCUAAGAAAGGCCUCCAAAUAAUUAUUAGUAUUAGGAAUAACAAUCUAUUGGUACAGUCUCUAAGAAUCAUCCAUCUGGCCUCCCUGGUCGUUAGUAGAUGAUGAGUUUUCCAAAUAACAUCCAUUACAGUUAUUAAUAAAAUAACGCAGCAGUUUUGAGUAACGUAUUAGGUUUUCCUUAAUAAAAUUCUGGCUUCUAAGCUGGAAUUCCUCAAAAAUGCGCUUAAAAUACAAUAGAAAAGAAAAAUCUUCAAGAGUCGUUUUCUAGCUCAUCAAAUUUUCCUACUUUUUAACAAAAUACAGCUUUUUCCGAAAAAUUGCGGUCUAUAAGCGAGUAAAUAAAUGAAAAUGAAAACAUGCCCAGUAAUCUAAAUUAGACUGUAAAAAGUGUUCUUUAAUCCAACGAAGUAUACAACCUUCAAAAAAAUUUCAAUUAAAGUGAUUCUUAACAAAUAAAUCAGAAAAUUAAACAAGAAGAAGAUAAUUACCAAUCGUCAUCUAUUCAUAACAAAUUUAUAAAUUAAGGAAAUAAUUAAUUACAGAAAUUCUCAGAUCCGCAAGCAACUUAUCUCUAAUCUUUCUAAGAAGAAUAAAAUCCUCUAACAAGAUAAUCUAUGAAGUAACUCCUAAAUACAGGAAAGUAUGAUUCUCUACAGAUGGUUGAAGACCCAAUUUUAGAAAAUAAUUAAGACUAAAAGGAUACAUCUUAUGAAUAAAUAAAACCAAAUGAUAGAAAAAAUUUAAUUUCUAGUGAAAAAGUAUCUAGCUAAAAUGCUUAGAUGUUUCACACUAAUGCCAAGAAAAAGAGGAAAGCUAGAGAAUUCGAGGGAACGAUAAUUUCAGAGGUUAAUAUUGCAGAGAGAAAAUUAGAGUAAAUUUCAGAUGAUAAAUCUUAGGGGUUAUCUCAAAACAGUGUUUUGAGUGUAAAGCCGACUGAGGCAUAAAUAAAAAUUUAGUAAUAGAUGAUAUAAGGUGUAAAUUCACCUGCAAAUCAAAAUAUAACGUCCUUAGAUAAAAAAAUAGAAUAAAAGUACAAAAUGCAAACACAGAUAACAAUAGAAGGACACAUAUAAUCCUCUCAAAAAGCUAAUCAAAGUGAUAUUGAGUCAGCAAAGAAAGAAGAAACUUAAGGGUAGAUAGGAUAUAAAAAAAUUAAGGCUCAACAACAUUUAGAUAUGAGGGUAAAUUAAGCAAUUGUUUAAACACUGAAUCCUCAUCAAGCAGAAAUAGCCAACCAAAUCGAAAUAUCUAAUGAGAAAUAUUAGGAAAUUCAUAAAUAAGAUUAGUAGGAGAUACCUUAAAAAUCAUAUAAUUAAUAAUGUAAUUACGCAAAUAUAACGUAAGUUGGAGAAAUGAGAAGUUAUUAAUAACAGUAAAUGAAUAAAGAUGUUAUAAGCUAAAAUUAGGAUUAAAGCAAAAAUCUUAGUGGAAUAUUUAGUUAAAGUGAAAAAGCACCAAAACAAUUUUUCCAGAGUAACUUUUAUUAAAAAAUUCCUAAUGAUAAGCAGCUAAUUGCUGCAGAAAACGAAAAUCUAACUUAUGAUUCGGAAAUAGAAUAUUAAGGAAAGCAAUCUCUUUAAAAGUAAAACUAAUUAUUUAAAGUGUAAACUGAAUCACCUUCAAGAAUCGAAAUAGCCGCUGAUUUCACUAUCCAAAAUAAUACUACAAAAAAAUUACAUUAAUAAGUCUAUUAAAAUAGAAAAUUUAACAUUUCUUAGAACAUUGGGGAUUCUCAAGUAUCAUAAAAUAGUCAAUAAAUUAAUAUUUCUAACCAAGCAUUCUAAUUUAUGUAACCAAACUAAUUUAUUACUCAUGAUUAAAACGAGUAAUAUAUAAAUGAGUAAAAUUUUUAAGAACUUCAAGGUAAUGUGUAAGUAUAGCGCUAACAGAGCUAAAUAUAAGAAGAGACUGCGCUAACAACUUAGCAAGAUAGAUAAUAAAACUACCAAAAUUUAUUGAAUGGCUAAGUCUCACUAAUUAGCUUUUUACUAGACUCGGUACAAUUAAAUGUUAAUAUUAAUAAAUAGUAAUAUUAAUCUUUGAAUCAAACGUUUGAUUUACAAAGUUAACUAUUAGUUGAUACUGUAUAGUCAGUUAGAAGUAUCAGGUAGGAUGUAGAUGAUAUGAUCCUUCAUUCACAAGAUAUUUAAGGUUAGUCAGGCUUGCUAGACUUCAUGCGUGGUAGACUUAAAGAAUAUGUAAGAAGUCGCCCUGAUAUGCUUUAAGAUUAUGAUGGUUCUAAAUUAGAUUCUUAAACAUCCUUUUAUUCUAAAUAUGAAAUUGUUCUGAAAGAAGGAGAUUUCAAAGAACCUCUUAUUAAAGAUAAAAAUUUUGUAAUAGAUGUUUCUUUAAUUGAUUCUAUGAGCAAAAGAGAAGUUUGUAAUUUACAGCCUAUACCCAUCCGUCUUCGUAUGUAUAAUUACAACAAUCCUCCUGCUAUUUUUGAAUCAGAUUAUAUUAAAGGGAUUUUAGGCUAAGAUUUGCUUAAAGGAUCUUGCACUUUCAAAAAAAUUCAUAUCAAGUAAGUAACUUCCCAUCAAAAAUAGAAAUCUAUGUUUAUUGUUGUUGAGCCUGACAUAGAAAGGAUAUUUGGCUUGCCUCCUUUAAAGUUGAAUAAAUAGCCCCAAACUCGCUCAGACCCAACAGAUCUGAGAGGAACUAAUUAGCUUAGAUAAUUUAAUGAAAAUGAUAAUGAUGGUGGCAAUAAAUUAGAAUUAUCUGCAGAAGAACAUUUAAAAGUUAAAUAAGAGUUGAUUGAGAAAGAGGAUUUUAUCAAGGAAGAUUAGGAAAUGAAUGUAAUCAAAGGUUAAAAAAGUUAAUAACUUUCGAAGCAAUAGUCGAUGAGUAGCCAAAUAUAGGAUUCCAAAAAAUAGCCUCCUAAAAAGAAAACAUCUCGCUCUAAAAAGAGUAACAGCUAAGAUAUUGAAGUAAAUAACCAAGAUUGUGACAUCAUUUAGUACUUUAUUAAUCCUUUAUUAAUUAAACCUCUCAUCCUGGAAUAAAUAAUUGUAAAGUCCAAGAAUAACGUAUCUUCGAAGGUUUGA